AUGGGUAUUCUACUUUGCUGUUUUCGAGUUCCGGGGCAAGAUGAUCAAUCUGGAGACGUAUCCAGAAUCAGAGCCUUGAGUUGCCCAAUAACGAAUAACUUUCUCUCCAAGUUCGAGCAACUAUCUCAAAACCUGGAAAGAGGGGAAGCUUCCUCUCCCACUGACAACGAAGAAGAUGUUUGUCCGACAUGUUUCUAUGAGUACAUUGAGGAUAAUCCGAAGAUAGUAUUGCAAUGUGGACAUAUCUUUCACCUUUCAUGCAUUUAUGAAUGGAUGGAGAGAAGUGAAGCUUGUCCCUUUUGUUCCAAGACAAUGCAUUUCUUGGAGGGUGAAAUUACAGAGCAAGUGAAGUAA